CAGGUCGCUCCUAUUUGCUUUGAGCGUCUCAGAAACUGCGGGCGCUGCAGACUGAAACUUGAUCCUUCCCGAGAUCGGAAGGUUGGCGGGGCUGAGCGACUGUGGGACUGUACGUGGCCGUGCGAAGUUUCACCUAGCAGCGCCUUCUCUCUUGCGGCCGCACGAACCAGGAAACGCAGAGCUCCUCCGGCCCUAGUCCUCGGAAGGGACUCCCGGCUGGGAAGAGACAAGGCUGAAAAAAUUCCCGGCGCGUUGCUGAACGAAGGGAGGCCCUUCAGCAGCUCUGGGGAUUACCUUUGUGCCUUAUUUUGUGUUUCUAACCGAGUAACAAAAUUGUUGACUGAAUGUUAGCCAUUCAUCAAAUUGAAGCAGAAGCAAGCUCCACUUGUAGGUAACUUCAGCCAAAAUAGAAGAUGCCCCAUUCCGGGAAAUUUCAUCAAGACAGAGCCUACAUUCCUAGGGAGAACCCCAAUUAUUUUGAUAAAAGAAGCAGGCAACCAAAUUCAUCCGGUGGAAGGUUGUCGCAAGGAACAACUGAACAUUCAAGAUCUUCCUCUGCUUUUGCAGACCUUGAGCAGAACCAUCUUGGACCAAGGCACGGUUAUGACAAUCCGCCACCUCCCUACAAUCCUUCCCAAAAAACCUUUUCAGAGAAAUGCUCAAACCUGUGCUCCCGAAGAGGUGCCUUGCAGUUUGUCGAAGUCACUGUCAACAUCUUGGUGCUGAUCUGCAUAGGAGCAACACAGGCGGGGGUCUCCGGUUUCACUUCCCUGGGUGGCCUAGGCUCUUUCAACCUCAACUCAAUGUAUAGUCCAUUUCAGGGGAGCGAACUGCAAGAGGUGACCGAGGUGGACAUGCAGUACAGCCAGCUGAGAGCCCCUUGUGUGUACGGAGGGGUAGGCUUCAGCCUGACAAUGAUGUGCCUAACGCUUCUGUUUCUCAUCGGUGGAGCAAAGCCGAUUCAUCGCCUUUCCCUUGGACUGCUUGCCGCUGAGUGUCUCUUCGACAUCCUUGCCUGCCUUGUUUAUAUAGCAGCAGUUGGCCUCUAUCUCCACUUCGUCAUUCAAGUCAACGCCACGGAUGUGUGCCUAAGGAGAGAAAGACUCUACGCAAGGCGAGGUUACACUUCAGUGAAUUGCAGCGUGCAAGGUGGGGAUGCUGCUGUGGCUCUUUUUGGCCUGGUGGCUGCUUGCCUGUAUUUUGGGAGCUUUGUGGUCUGCAUUCUCACCCUUCGAGAGGUACGGCUGUUUCAGAAGCAGCAGGACAAUCGUUAUCAUCUCGAGAGACCCUACAGAGAAGAAGACCAUCCGAAGCCCUAUAGGGGCAAAGAAAACAUACAUGCCGAAAGGACUUUUGGCACACUUGUGUAAUCUACACCAGGUAUCUCAAUGAAGUCAGACUAAAAAAAAAAAAAAAAAGGAUUUUUUUUUACCCCAAAGGAUAGUUGUAUAUAAUACAAUAUCAAAGAUCUAUUUUAAAAUUUAUUCUUCCUAGCUAGGAACAUAGUUCUGUAGUUAGUUCCAUAACUAUCUUUACAGAAAAAGGGAAGAAAUUGCAGAAAUUAUUGCAAGGUGUGUUUGUUUUUUGCCUGGAUAUAUGUUUUUUUUCACUAAGAUCUCCUCUGUAUCACUGUCAUAAAAUCCCACCUGGAAGUGUCCCUGAAAUCACCAAUGAACUUAGCUUGCCUUGAAGAUAUUUAUCCAUAACGAUAGUGAGAUAGUUAUUGCAAAGAUUGAAUAUGCGGAAGUUCAGUUAUUUUAAUUAUGUAUUGAUUAUCCUUGUAAAUGACCCAGAAAUCAGUUAUUAGCUCCAGAUUGAGACUUAAUGGUGUUGACCCAUCAACUCUAUUAUAUUCAGAAAUUUCUUCUUUGUAAGUGCCUGACUGAAUAGGAAAACUGGGCAAUAGUUCACUAUCAUUUAAGUACAUUGAUAUAGUACACCUUGCCUGCCUUUGUGCUCUUAAAGGGCCUGAGACAAUCACCUGCCAUGUGUGUGUGUGUGUGUGUGUGUGUGUGUGUGUGUGUGUGUGUGUAUUAUUCUUAAGAGGAUUUUCAAAAAUAGAGCCAAUAACAAAGUUGAAACAAUGCUUGGGUCUUUUCUUUUACUUCCAUUCUGGGAAAUAUUUGAGUGUCUGGACAAUUUAAAAUAGGAAAGACAUUCUCUCCAUAUCUUCAGUGUUGUGUAGAAACUCUUCUCUUCAAUGGUGUCAGGUGACCGAAAGUCAGAAAGCCCCCAGGAAAAGUAUGGGGGGGGGGUUUUCCCAAAUUAAUUCAUCCUAAAUUAAUUCAAAACCAUUCUGUGUGUAUGGGGGGGGGGCAGUCACUGGUCCUGGCCUUAUUGCUUUUUAAAUUGAUAGAUCAGCUUGUAUAAACGGGUAUAGCCAUAAUUUCCCAAUUUCCAAGAAAGUCAGGAAAGAUGAGACAUUCUGGGCCCUGCCUGAAGCAGCUUUGUAUGCUGCCUUUAUAGAGCUUAAAGAGGGUUUUGAUCCAGUAUCUAAGGAAAUGCUUUCAUAUUAAUAUUCUCAGCUAGGAACUGGGAGUUUGUGAGUUCUAGUCCCACCUUAGCCAUCAAAAGCAGAUGAGUGGCCUUGGGCCAGUCACUCUUUCUCUCCACCCACCUCACCUCACAGAGUUGUGGCUGUGGGAAAAAUAAGAGGAAGAAGGCAUUUUAGAUGUGUUCGCCACCUUGAGCUGUUUAUAUAUAUAUAAAAAUAAAGAUGUAAAUUAAA